GGUAUAUGGAUAUUUGGCCCCGCCUUGCAUGGCUACAGGAAGCGCCUCCACUUUACCUAGUGAUUUGCCAGAGUGUUUAGAAAAAAGAAGUAAGGCCGAAGUUAAAUCGAAUGAUUUGAUCGAAGACAUCCGCAACAGUUUCUGCCAGUUUGGUGUAAAGUCUGUGUGACCUACCUCGAAUGUGGUUUGGUAAGAAGAACCAAGUGAAAAACAUGAUUUCGUUCAUGCACUAAAUGUAGCAGUAUAGCCUGCUAACGUUAAAUAAAACGUAAAGACACGUGGGAGCCUGUGCUGUGUGGUUGACCACUGGAAUGUCUUGUUGACUGAAGUCUUGUCUCAUUGAAUAUCAGAACAUGGCCCAGGGCAGUGGGGUCCAGUACGAGCCAGUGGCAGAGAUUGGAGGGGGUGCGUACGGAACGGUGUACAAGGCUCGGGACCUGGAGAGCGGCCAGUUUGUUGCUCUGAAGAGUGUUCGCGUCCAGACGGACCAAGAUGGCCUCCCUAUCUCCACGGUCCGAGAAGUGGCCCUGCUGAAGAGACUGGAGCAGUUUGAUCAUCCCAACGUGGUCAAGCUCAUGGACGUGUGUGCCACCCUGAGGACAGAUCAGGAGACUAAAGUCACCCUGGUAUUUGAACACGUGGACCAGGACCUGAAGACCUACCUAGAGAAGGCCCCCGCACCAGGACUGCCCCCCAGCCACAUCAGAGACCUGAUGCGUCAAUUGCUGUGCGGCCUGUCAUUCCUACACUCGAACCGUGUGGUGCACCGGGACCUGAAGCCAGAGAACAUCCUGGUCACCAGCCGUGGUCAGGUGAAGCUGGCCGACUUUGGACUGGCCAGGAUCUACAGUUGCCACAUGGCCCUUACCCCUGUGGUGGUGACUCUGUGGUACAGGCCUCCUGAGGUCCUGCUCCAGUCCACCUACGCCACGCCGGUGGACAUCUGGAGCACGGGCUGCAUCUUUGCUGAGAUGUUCCGACGCAAACCGUUGUUCUCUGGAGACUCUGAAAUGGACCAACUGGGAAAGAUAUUCAAUGUGAUUGGCCUGCCACCCAUGGAGGAGUGGCCUGCUGAUGUCACCCUCUCACGACACAACUUCAGUCCUAUCAGCCCCCGCCCAAUCACAGACUACGUUCCUGAGAUCAAUGAGCAGGGGGCAGAGCUGCUUUUGAAAAUGCUAACCUUUGACCCUCUAAGAAGAAUCUCUGCCCUAAACGCUCAAGAACAUCCUUACUUCCAGGAGGAUGAGGAGGAAGUGACAAAUGGUUGAAAUGCAGUGAAUGACAUUGAAGGAUGGGACCGUGAGGAAUGGUAACCCUGACUCCAUUUUGGUGUAUAUUGUCAUUCAGUGCAUUUCAGGCCAGAUCCCUGUUGUGGUUCCUUUUUUAAAAAUGUUACUACAGAAGCCAGUUGCACCCCUUGAGAAUGUAUAGGAGUAGAGAAGUGGAGUUCAAGGACCAAUAUGGAUAUGAACCUGAAGAAGGCUUGACUCCCCUCGCAUUCCUCAAAUGAAUUCCCCAGCCUGGUCUCAUAGACUAGACAUAACAUAAUAAACUUAAAAACGAGACACUCAAAUUAGUAUAAUAUAUUACGUUUGGUAUGGUUACAUAAGACCGAUAGUUAUUUAAAAUCUCGUUACCGACAACUUUUGAGCUAAUUAGCACCUUUUCAACUCCUUGCUACUUUGCAUGUUAGCUAACCUUUCCACCUACCCUUCUCCAACUCCUAAACUUAACCCUAACCCCUAGCCGAGCUAACAUUAGCCACCUAGAUAGAAUUCCUAACAUAUCAUACAUUUUUCCAAUUCGUAACAUUUCAUUUGAAGUCCACAAAUUAAUUCAUACCAUACGAAACGUGACUCAUCAUAUUAAAUGGAGUGUCUCGGUUUUAUGUACAGAAUAAUAAGAAAUGCUCUGAGACCAGGUUGCGCACACACACACACACACACACAACAUGGAAUAACUGUCCUCCUGUGUGGUUAUUUUAAUAUAGUUUAAAGAUCCAAUGCAUACAUUUUUAUUACAAUAUCAAGUCUUUUCUGUUUAACAAUUGAAGUACCUUGCUGUGAUAUUUUUCUACCAAAAUAGCUUCUUAGUGAUGUCACCAGGUAGGCCAAAAUUCCAUUCCACCAAAAAAGGCUGACAUUUCAGGCUCUUACUUUCACAGCUCUUACACUAAAAGGGCAUUAUUAUUUUCACACGUUCACAGUAUUAUUCCAACCUCUGUGUGGAAAUAUAUUUUUACACACACACAGUGGCAAGAAAAAGUAUGUCGAACCCUUUGGAAAUACCUGGAUUUCUGCAUAAAUUGGUCUUAAAAUUUGAUCUGAUCUUCAUCUAGGUCACAACAAUAGACAAACACAGGCUGCUUAAACUAAUAACACACAAUUAUACGUUUUCAUGUCUUUAUUGAACAUACCGUGUAAACAUUCACAGUGCAGGGUGGGAAAAGUAUGUGAACCCUUGGAUUUAAUAACUGGUUGACCCUCCUUUGGCAGCAAUAACCUCAACCAAACGUUUUCUAUAGUUGCUGAUCAGACAUGCACAACGGUCAGGAAGAAUUUUGGACCAUUCCUCUUUACAAAACUGUUUCAGUUCAGCAAUAUUCUUGGGAUGUCUCAAUCAGGUUGCGGUCAGGACUCUGAGCUGCUCCAAAAGGUGUAUUUUCUUCUGUUGAAGCCAUUCUGUUGUUGAUUUACUUCUGUUUUGGGUCAUUAUCCUGUUGCAUCACCCAACUUCUGUUGAGCUUCAAUUGGUGGACAGAUAGCCUAACGUUAUUCCUGCAAAAUGUCUUGAUAAACUUGGGAAUUCAUUUUUCCAUCGACGAUAGCAAGCUGUCCAGGCCCUGAGGCAGCAAAGCAGCCCCAAACCAUGACGCUCCCUGCACCAUACUUUACAGUUGGGAUAAAGUUUUGAUGUUGGUGUGCUGUGCCUUUUUCUCCACACAGUGUUGUGUGUUCCUUCCAAACAACUCAACUGUAGUUUAAUCUGUCCACAGAAUAUUUUGCCAGUAGCACUGUGGAACAUCCAGGUGCACAUUGCUGCACCUCUGUGGUUUGCAGAGUAUUUUUGGGGGGGGACAGCAGUGGCUUCUUCCGUGGUGUCCUCCCAUGAACACCAUUCUUGUUUAGUAUUUUAUGUAUCGUAGACUAGUCAGAUGUUAACAUGUUCCAGAGAUUUCUGUAAGUCUUUAGCUGACACUAAGAUUCUUCUUAACCUCAUUGAGCAUUAUGCACUGUGCUCUUGCAGUCAUCUUUGCAGGAUGUCCACUCUUAGGGAGAGUAGCAACAGCGCUGAACUUUCUCCAUUUAUAGACAAUUUGUCUUACCGUGGACUGAUGAACAUCAAGGCUUUUAGAGAUACUUUUGUAACCCUUUCCAGCUUUAUCGAAGUCAACCAUUCUUAAUCUUAGGUCUUCUGAGAUCUCUUUUGUUUGAGGCAUGGUUCACAUUAGGCAAUGCUUCUUGUGAAUAGCAAACUCAAAUUUUGUGAGGUUUUUAUAGGGCAAGGCAGCCCUAACCAACAUCUCCAAUCUCGUCUCAUUGAUUUGACUCCAGGUUAGUGGCCUCCAAUUAGCUUUGAGAAGUCAUUAGCCUAAGGGGUUCACAUACUUUUUCCAACCUACACUGUGAAUGUUUAAAUUAUGUAUUCAAUAUAGACAAGAAAAAUACAAUUUGUGUUAAUUUAAGCGCACUAUUUUUCUCUGUUGUGACUUGGAUGAAGAUCAGAUCAAAUUUGAUGACCAAUUUUUAUAUAGAACGCCAGGUAAUUCCAAAGGGUUCACACACUUUCGUGUGUGUGUGUACACGCACACAACACUGGAAAAUCACUGACUGUACUGGGCCUUAAAUAAAAAGUGCACAUGGAAGGACACAGCAGCUAAGUGGCAUUUGUUACGUGUUUACGGGCCAAAUAAUGUGUUGUUCUGUACUAAGUAUCCCUCCCUUUCAUUCCAAGAACACCUUGCAAUGUUUAAGUGCUGCAAAGACUAAUAAAGCUGCUCCAAUCAUCAACUAAAA